GCAGGGUUUUCGGGGAAACAAAAAAGAAAAAAUCCUUCACUCAAAAGCUUGAAGCAAUCAAGGAGAUGAGAGUUUUGGGAUCUAGGCUACAUAUGCCAUUACAGGAUUCUACCUGUUCCAAUUAGUCCAUCCAACCCAGUCGUUGCUGAUUACAGUAUCUCCAAAAUGGGUGCUUGGAUAGCUGUUUUUCUAGCAUGCCUUAGUCUCUGCUCUGGAAGAACCCCUGCACGAUCGUAUGGGAAAGGUGGUGGCUGUCCAGCGAUGGCUGCACAGGAAGUGGCUGUUCUGAUUGAGAUGCUGGGUCUUGAGAGUGUGUGCUCUCAGAUUCUGUCCGACGUCAUGUGAGAGAGAAGUUAUUGGGUAUGUCCGCCAUCUCCCACCAGGCCGACAACUACAUCUGUGGUGUUUGUAUCUGGUCCCUCCGUCAUAUCGUACAAGACAGAAACGGCUGUGACAACAACGAUCACCACAGUCUUGUCCACUCAGACAUCUAUCGCAUUAGCAUCUACGACGGUAUUGCUCACAACGGCUACCAAAUCCGUUACCGAUACCUCCGUGCCGACUGUAACUGCCACUGUUACUGUCACUGCGACCGAGUCGACAACUUCUACCAUCACAUCCACUGUCUCAACGAUCACCUCCUCAACUGUGACUGUGCAGACAUUGGUGUCGACGUCGACGACAACCAUAACCACGGCUGGUCCCUCGGCGUUUCUGUUGUCAGCUUGCCCUACUUCAGCUAUUGCAACGGAGACUCCACGAUCUCUCCUGCAGGAUCCGCACCUACGGGCACAGCCUGUUCAAGAAGGCGCACGUCCCCGCUCAGCAAAUUCGGUAGGUGGCUACCAGGCCCUUGGCAGCAAUGUUCAGAUGCAUUUAUCCGCGACGCUUGUCAAUUGGCGUUAGGGGAGCCAGACGGAGUGGCCAUCUCGACCGUCUACCGAACCGCUUCCAAUCCUGCAAUCACCACAACGAGCACCAUCGCGAUUCAAUCUACAGAAACAAUCACCGUUACUAGCAACAUCAUGGCUACGUGAGCAAUGGCACGAGGGAGAUCGCUGACUUGUAAUCAAGCACCACAAUUACGACGACAUACAGUUUGCUGACUGCUGCGACGGCACCAUCCACCGUGACGUGAGAAGUAUUAACAUUCUCUAGCUUUUUGCACUGACUCUCCAAAUCAGUGAUCCUACG